AUGAGAGAAUCCGCAGUUCUUAGAGUUCAUUAAAGGAAUACUCUACCUACAUACAGCUAAUUCUUCAAGCAAAAUAAUAAAAGCUAAUCUAGCAAAGAUAAAAUUGCUUAAAGUGAUCACUAAAGUAUACUUGACUAUGGCGAGUUACUGCAAGAUUCUAAUAUAUUUGGCUUUGAAACCAAUAAAAAUCGUCAAUAGAUCUAUACUGAUGUGAAAAUAAAGCAACAAAAUUAGGGGAUUAAUCGUUACAGUAAUUUGAUUAUUCCUGAUAGCCAAGAAUACUUCUAAAGAUAAAUAUUGCAAGAUUCAAGUAAUAGAAACGGAGGGCAAAGCCAGUUUAAGCAAUCUUAGGGAAGCUUUCAUAUUUAAAAUAACAACUUUUACUAACAGAAUGAAAACAGUAUCCAUAAUGCUUUUCUCGAUCUGAACAUUGUAGACGACCAGAAUAACUCUUCAAAUGAACAACAAUAUCAAUCUUAGUCUUUUUAGAAACCUACAAAUAAUAAAUCAAGGAUUUAUUCAGAGCAAAAGGUCUUUUCAAAUGCAAAGUCUCGAUUCUCAAAUGUAUUAGGGGAUAAAACGAACUAGCAAAUUGGAAUUAAUUAGCAUAUUAGAGGAUAAAAUUCCAAUGUAGAUCAGGAAAUGUAUAAUGACAUCUAAGAAAUAAAAUAAGAUGGUCAUGAAUUGAUUGAGGAAAAUUAGCCAGUCUUAUAAAAUCAAAACUUAAUUAGAUUUUUUUCUCAAGAAUAUCAAACCGAAAGUUUGCAGGAAGAAGAGUAUAAAUUUGAAUUUCCCAGAAAAGUAAUAGCAGACUACACCGAGUCUUUCAUUUCGAAACAUAAAGAUCAACUUUAGAAUGUUUAAAAAUUUGAUAAGGACUCAAUAUUUCUUGUUCAUCAAGCAGCUUAGGACUAUAUUCCUAAAAUUUUCAAUGAUGUUAUUGCCAAGACUGGCAAGAAUUCAAUCUUAGAUCCCAAAGAACUAGUAGAAGAAGAAUUGGAAUAAGGCCUAAUAUAGCAAGAAAAAUAUGAAAUAUUGAUGAAAAAAUACGAUGAUAUUGAGAGAAUAAAUCGGGAAAAGAAAAGAAGACAGAGGAGUCCCAAUAACGAUCCGAGUAAUCAAGUUGAGUCUUAGAUUCAAUAGUUACAAAAAAAUAUUAGAUAAAGAGCACCUGUCGUCAAGAAAAAAAGAACAAACGUCUAGAUAGAAAAAUUUGCUGAUAAAGAAGAACCUUUCAUUUGA